CAUUCACUCUGGUCAAACUCGCAUUUUCCUCGACUUAGUGGUAAAGUUCUUCAAAUCAAAAGCAGGAAGUCUCCUCAAAGCCAACAAGCGCAUUAACUCUUCUUUGUUUUGUCAGUUCAAAAAUCAAAUUUUAUAUAAAAAAGAAAAAAAAUACAUGGGCAAUUUGUGCUCAAUCCAAAUCUCAACAGAUCACACAGUCUCUCGUUGUUGGGAUUGCAUAGUUGGACGAGCGAAUUACACUUGUAAGCUAGAGAAAAACCUUAGAGCUCUGCGUGUUGCAGUGGAGGAAUUGAAAGCACUAAGAGAUGACGUGAAUCGGAGGGUUCAUUGUGCUGAACAACAACUCAUGAUCAAGCGGCUUAGCCAAGUUCAAGUUUGGCUUUCAAGAGCGGAAACUAUGAUAAUGGAAUCUGAGGAAUUGAUAAGAGAUGCCUCUACAGAAAAGGAGAAACUAUGUCUCGCAGGCUGCUUCUCCAAGAAUUGCAAAUCUAGCUACAAGUUUGGUCGACAAGUGGCUAAGAAACUUAAACAAGUAGUUGAGCUAAAGAGUAAAGGAGUUUUUGACAAGGUAGCUGAGAACGAACCUACAGGUCCAGUGGAUGUGAGACCGAUUGAGCCCACCGUGGGCUUGGAAUCAACAUUGGCUAAGGUCUGGAGCUUGCUCCAAGACAAACAAGUUGGAAUGAUUGGUUUAUACGGAUUGGGAGGAGUUGGGAAGACAACACUCUUGACCCAAGUUAACAACAAGUUGAGUGGUAAUCCAUUAGAUUUUGAUGUUGUAAUUUGGGUGGUGGUGUCUAAAGAUCACACGGUCGAAACCGUUCAAGAAAAGAUUGGGAAAAGGGUAGGCCUUUUUAAUGGGUGGAUGCAGAAUAAAAGUUCUGAUGAGAAAGCUGUAGACAUCUUCAGGAUUUUGAGUAAAAGAAAAUUCGUUUUGUUCUUGGAUGAUGUAUGGGAACGGGUGCAUUUAACCAAGAUAGGGAUACCUUUGCCGAGCCAGGAAAAUGGUUCCAAGGUUGUUUUCACUACUCGUUUUUUAGAGAUAUGUAACGAAAUGGAAGCUCAGAAAGUCAAGGUAGAGUGUUUGAGAGCAAAUGAAGCUUGGGAAUUGUUUCGAGAGAAAGUUGGAGAAGAAACCCUUCAUAGCCAUCCAGAUAUUCCAGGGUUAGCCCAAAAGAUGGCUGCAAAGUGUGGUGGGUUGCCUCUUUCACUAAUUACUAUUGGCCGAGCCAUGGCCAGCAAGAAGACUCCCCAAGCAUGGGAAUACGCAAUUGAGGUCCUGAAGAAAUCUGCACAUAAAUUGGCAAGAAUGGGACAAGAGGUGUAUCCUGUUUUAAAAUUCAGUUAUGAUAGUUUGCAUUGUGACACGAUGAGAUCUUGCCUCUUGUACUGUGGUUUGUAUCCUGAAGAUGUUCUUAUUUUGAAAUCUGAGCUGAUAGAGUAUUGGUUCUGUGAGGGGCUCUUGGAUGAAUUUGACAGCGUAAGAAGAGCUCGAUUGCAAGGAUACAACAUCAUCGAUUCUCUUGUUAAUUCUUGUUUAUUAGAAGAAGAUGGAGAAUACUACGUGAAGAUGCAUGAUGUGAUUCGUGACAUGACAUUGUGGAUAGCAGGCGAGUCUGAAGCACCUGAAAAGAGCUUUUUUGUACAAGCAGGGCUCCAAUUGACUGAAACACCAGAUGUUGGAAAAUGGGAAAAUGUAAGAAGAUUAUCAUUGGCAGGCAAUAAAAUCAAAGAUCUCACAUCAACACCCACAUGUCCUAAUCUUGAAACUUUGUUACUUAACUAUAAUGAGUUGGAGGUGAUCAGUGAUGGCUUCUUCAAAUUGAUGCCUAAUCUCAGAGUUUUGAACUUGGCAGGUAACCGGGGUCUGAGACAAUUGCCAGAGGGAAUUUCAGAAUUGGUUUCACUGGAAUGUCUUAAUCUAUCACGGACAGGGUUAAGAGAGCUGUCAAUUAAGCUGAAGAGCCUGACGAAAUUAAGAUACCUGGACCUGAGAUACACGGACGAUCUUAGAAGAAUUCCAGGGAAGCUGAUAUCUAGCUUCCCAAAGCUGCAAAUAUUCAGAAUGUUUCGGUCUGGUGGUGGUUAUUCUCAAGAAGAAAUGGUUGCAGACAAUGAAGAUGGAAUAGUGGAAUUGGGGUGCUUGCCACAUUUGAAUGGAGGGAUUAAUGAUUUUCAUAAUCCAUACGAAACAGAAGGAGACAAUCUCCUGAAUGAUGGUAAUGAAGGUCUAAUAGAGGAAUUGGGGUGUUUGCAAUCUUUGAAUACGCUGAGUAUUCAUAUAAUGAGUGCUUCUGCUCUUGAAAGAUUUUUGAGCUUCCCCAACUUACCAGGCUGCACUCAAGAACUAUCUCUUUGUGCUUUUAAAGAGUCAAAGUCAUUAAAUGUUUUAUCUUUAGCAAAUAUGCAGUGUCUAGAGAGACUAGAUAUCAGUGAAUGUGCAAGACUGGAAGAGAUGAAGAUAGAGAAGGAAGGGGAAGGAAGAAUGAUACAAGCCUCACUGUUUCGUACCCUUCGAGAGGUUACCAUAUUUGAGUGCGGCAAUUUGAGGGACAUGACAUGGAUUAUUCUUGUUCCAAAUCUAAGAUUUCUUUGGGUUGUUAAUUGCCUAAAAAUGGAAGAAAUAAUGAGCAAGGAAAAAAUGAGUGAAGCUGCAGAUCUGGUUAGAAGUUUGAAUCCAAACCCAUUUGCUAAGCUACAAAAUCUUACUUUACAAUUUUUACCAGAGUUGAAGAGUAUACACUGGGAUGUGCUACCCUUCCCAUGUUUGACAGAAAUAUUUGUGAGAGAAUGCCCCAAACUGAGGGAGCUCCCUCUUAGCUCGGACAGUGCUAAGGGAAAUCCAAUCUGCAUUCAAGGAGAAAAGGAGUGGUGGGAAACGCUAGAAUGGAAGAAUAAAGCCACUCAGAAUGCUUUUCUGCCUUUCUUCGAACCCCACUGAUGGUGAAAUAAAGAGAAUCCUGAAGACAUCAGAGCUGUGAGAUUUUGGAAAGUCCAGCUAAGAAAGUUAUUGUAGGCGACUUUGAGAUAUUAAUGAAGACUGCAAACGCAUGAAAUGAUUCAACACACAAUGGUGUUUUUGGACUUCAAUCUUUGCUGUCAUCCUGUGUAUCUUUGGAAGCAAGAAAUUGCAAACUGUUUGAAAAUAGGAUGAAUCAACUUCCAGAUAGUUUGUAACAUUGUGGUUAGAAUAAUCUCAAUUCACUUGGCAUCGCAGCUAGGAACUUUCCUUGCUUUUAAUGACUUAGUAGCCUUCUUAGUCUACUAACGAGUAUGAAUUUUCCCCAAUUUCCAGAUAAUUAUAAUCCACAGUUUGGUGCUUGCAACAAGUCUGUUUGUUUGAUGAUAGCUACAUGCAUAUGUCAAAAUCAACAGUGGAGAGGAAGAAUGCUGGAAAUAGUUAGAAUGGGAGGAUCGAUGUAGUGACUCUGAACACUUCUUUACAAAAUGGUCUACAGUUUUCUUGAGUAUAUGACCUCGAGAGGCUGAAAAAAAAUGAAGAUUAUUGCAAUUGCAUCAAUUUCCUUUUAUCUUAAGACCCUGCUACUGUUAUUUUGUAUUUUUCCGGUCUUUGUUUGCUAUCACAUUCUGUAAUUGAAUUGUUUGGCAGGUAUUUUGAUUCAUAUAAAUCAACCA